AUGGCUUUUCUCCCCUCGUCCUGUCAGGUCGAGUCAAAUGGAUGGUACCCGCUGUUCCGCGCAGCCUGGACGGGCCGAGCUGCUUGCGCACGUCUCCUGCUCAAAGCAGCGGCCCAUGUGGAAGGCCCAAUUUGCCGAAGCCGCUACUCGCCACUGAUGUGUGCUGCACGUUGGGGCCACCGCGAGGUGGUAGAAGCUUUGCUUGAAGCAUCUGCUGAUGUGAAGCGACGCAAUGACUUUGGUGAGGCGGGACAUGGUCGGACACGGUCGGACAAGGUGGAGAAGAGCCCCGUUCGUAGCGUCCUUGCUCCUAGUUGCGAUGCCAGGAGCCCCUAG